GGCCAAAAUUACAAACAGAAUUAACAAUGGCCUGGGCAAGGUUCCGGCCAUUUUGACUAAUGGAUUCUUGAUCGAUUCUUUUUGUUUUGGCAAAACGUUAAAAAGAGUAAAAAAAAAACAUUGAAAUGAUAUGAUCAAGCCACCAUCUUCCAUCACCUAUGGCUCAUAUGAUCAUCCCUUAAAAUGUGAGAAAAGAUGGCCUCUUUUCAACUGGAAAUCUCCCCUUCUUCAGAGUUCGAUUUUAUAAUGAGGAAUCAUCAUAGCCGCCAAAACCAUUGCAACACCGGAGAUUCCACCUCUUUCCCGGAGAAUCUACAGGAUUUGGUGCAUUCUUGCAUUUCUGAUGACCCAAGGAAUUCAAAUUUAGCGGAUUCCAACGACAAUGUCAACAACGUUGUCAACCUAACAGAUUUAUGGGUUCACAAACCGCAAUAUCUCACGAACAUCAAUGAGAAAACUCCGAAGAAGCGAGGCAGCAACAAGACAACGGAUAAUUGGGACAAAGCAAGAAAAAAGGUCUUCCCCAAGCAGGGAAAGUACGCUAACAAAGUAGCUUUUGUCGGAGAGCCGUUAGAGGCACCUAGGGUCGUCUCUUCACUUGUGAAAAAGUGGAGAGACUUUGAGGCCGAGGCCAAACCUCUAGCGUCUGGUGACAACAAUAAUAACAACAACAUUAACAAUAAUAGUAACGAUUCAUCAUCUUGCCCUACUAGAACAAACUCUGGUGUGACAUUACUCCAAGAGAGCAUUUCAUUUGUUGACAUUCCUCCAACAUGGUCAAGAGAUUGUGACUCAUCCUCUAAUGAAGACGAGUCACCAACGAACGACAACGACUCAUUUAAGGAUUGGGAAUCAGAUAGGCGGGCAGUGAGCGCUCCACCCUCCGUUCGAGGAAGGGAUUCCGAUGCAACAGAGAGCGAAAGGGUGAGAGUAAUCGACAUCAUCAAGAAACUCACCUCUAGUGGUGGCGAUGAUAAUCAAGACCGUGAGCACAUGAGCAAUGUGGCGGUGAAUGAAGCGCCGCCGCUCGCUCGGGUUAAUAAAUCUUGUACUGAACAUGGGAGUUCAAAUUGUCCUGUUGUGCAGUCGCCUCGCAUCAGCAUUAGAGGUCGUCAAGCGCUGAAUGAUUUGAUUGUGCAAAUAGAACGGGAGAGAGCCAGGGAGCUUGAAGGACUUAUGGAACGUAAAGCAGUAUCUAAAUUUCAACAAAAGGGCCGCAUUCAGGCUAUGCUCAAGCUUAAAUUUCUGAGACGUGAGGCGAAUAUGAAAGAUGCACCACGGGGAAACUCAAGUUGCAUUACGCCUGAAUCAAGUAGGUCAACGAAAUCUUCUAUACUGCACCUUAGGGAGAAAUUCAAAGAAGUUGUUCAAAAAGGUUUAGCAGAUUCAAAAGCCACCAUUGAAGAAGCUUCCGGUGACAAAAACUUAGAACUCGAAACUGUUUCCACAUCAAAACCCGAAAAGGAGAGCCACCGUGAAGAGACUCCAGAUGAACUCUAUCAAAAUAAAAAAGAAGCUACAAAAAAUGCCUCAAAACAAAUGGAUGAAAUAGGAACAUCAGUUACUCAAGCAAGAUGUGAAGUAAGAUGUGAAGAUGAGUUUACAAAAUGUGUAGAUACGGUGAAAGUUAUUCGUAAGAAUAGUAAUGAAUGCAAAAAUAUGAGUGAAUGGGAGGAGAACGAUUGGAGCUGGGUGAGUGAUUGCUCUCACGAUGAUGCAAAUAGUAGCAGGUGGGAUCAACUGCAAUUUGAUUUCCAACAAGAUGAUGAUCUCCAACAGCGUGUAGAAGAAAUGUGUCAAGAUUGGAUUAAUGAUGUUUCCCGCCCUCGUAGUCAAUGGGAAGACCUAAGGCAAGCAAGAUACCAAGAGAUGCUCGAUCCUUUCUUUAAUAAUGGUGACUUGCAACAACUUCUUGAGAGGAAAAGUGUUUCAAAUUUUCUUUCAGGUGAAAAGAGAGACAAAAUAGAUCAAUUGAUGAUAUCUCGCUCACAAAAACAACCAACCAUAGUAAAUAGUGGCAUUGAACAAACACAAGAGCAUGGGAUGGAAAUGGUUGAGGACAAGAUAGAAGAGGCAGUCCAAAGUGUUAUUGAAGGAAAUCUAAACCAAGAAGAGGAAGAGAAUGUAGAUAGUAUUAACAAUAACCAAAUACCACAACAUAAUAGUGAAUGUGAGAUAAAUGAUGAAUCUUAUCAUAUUGCAUCAACAUCUUUAUCUCAAGGUCAAUCACCUAACAUUAUUAUUCCUCAAGCUAAUGAAAUGAACUUUGUUGAUGAGUUAAUGGGUCAUAUGCACCAACUUCAUCAAGAGAUUUCAGAAAUAAGAAGAGCCAUCAUUGGUUGCAUAGAUAUGCAAAUGAAACUGCAUCAUUCAAUCAAGAACGAGGUUGCAUCCGCUUUUGAUAACUUAGGCAAACAAAAUGGGAGGACUUUGUCCAAGACAAAUUAUUGUAGUGUAUGUCAUGAGAUCACCAUCAAUUCACUUCUAUAUAGAUGUGGACAUAUGUGCACCUGCUUCAAAUGUGCCCAGGAGUUGCAACGUGCCAAUGAAAAAUGUCCAAUUUGCCGAGCUCCAAUAAUGGAUGUUGUUUUUGUGAAUCCAUCCACGCGUGAGGUUCUAUGAAGGUGAAUGUUAAUACACGUGAUUUCGAGGGGAGGAUCUAUGUACGGGGUAUGGUGGGCUGAAGGCCUGGAUAAAUUAGAAAAUUUUCAGUUUUUUUAGUGUAAAAUUUUUCAAUUUUCACAUUUAGCCCACCCUGCUAAUAUUUAAGCCUAGUAUAAUUCCUAUUCAGCUCAGAGCAUCUCGGGUUCCUAGAUCCGCCCCCUGGUGAUUUCCAUUGCUGAGACAACAUGAGCUAAAGAAAAUACAUAAACUAUUUGUUAGUUUUUGUGUAUAUUUGAGUUUGGAAAAUAGAAAGAUGAUACACAAUCUGAUUGACAUUAAUAGUCAUAUGUACUUCAUCCAAUUUUGUAGUACGCAAGAGUAAAUUCAACACAUGGGACGAAUUUGAGUACUCCCUCC